CCCGAUCCCUGUGCUGGAUAUUAACCAGUCGUUGAAACCCUAGAGAGACCCUUCUCGAUCCUCUCCUCUCCUCUCUCGCACUCUACCCAUGUUUGUUUUUCUCUCUCGGAUUUGCUGUUCCAAUUCAAGAUCUGCUGUUCGAGGGCUUAUACUAUCGGUUAUUUAAGAUUUGGUGAUAUCUUUUUUUUGUAUAAUUAUUGUCUGGUGGAGCUGAAGACGCUAUUUUCAUUGGGGAGUUGGGAUUGAGCAAUUUUGUAUUGGGUCACUGAUUAAUUUAGUUGUUUUUUUAGGAAUGUCGUUGUUGCAAAAAGAUGAUUCAAUCCAUAUUCGAGAGGUGUGGAAUGACAAUCUGGAGGAAGAAUUUGCUUUGAUUCGGGAUAUUGUGGAUGACUACCCUUUUAUUGCCAUGGACACAGAGUUUCCGGGCAUAGUUCUGCGCCCGGUUGGCAAUUUCAAGAAUAGCUAUGACUACCACUACCAAACACUGAAGGACAAUGUUGAUAUGUUGAAGCUGAUUCAGUUGGGUUUAACAUUUUCAGAUGAGCAUGGGAAUCUACCUACUUGUGGAACUGAUAAAUACUGCAUCUGGCAAUUCAAUUUCCGUGAAUUCAAUGUCAACGAAGAUGUGUUUGCUGAUGACUCAAUUGAGCUAUUGCGUCGAAGUGGGAUCGACUUUAAGAAGAAUAAUGAGAACGGUAUUGAUGCCUUGCGUUUUGGUGAACUCUUGAUGUCAUCUGGGAUUGUGUUGAACGAUAAUGUGCAUUGGGUAACCUUCCACAGUGGGUAUGAUUUUGGGUACUUACUUAAGCUGUUGACAUGUCAAAAUCUGCCCGAUACUCAAGCAGGGUUCUUCAAUUUGAUCAACAUGUACUUCCCGACUCUCUACGAUAUUAAGCAUUUGAUGAAAUUCUGCAAUAGCCUUCACGGUGGAUUGAAUAAGCUCGCAGAGUUGUUGGAAGUGGAGAGAGUUGGGAUUUGUCAUCAAGCAGGUUCAGAUAGUUUGCUCACAUCUUGUACAUUCAUGAAAUUGAAAGAGAAUUUCUUUAGUGGUUCUCUGGAAAAAUAUACUGGUGUGUUGUAUGGUUUAGGUAUUGAGAAUGGACAGAGUAUACAUUGAAGUGAAAAAUAAAAUUAAAAAAAAAAAAGAGUUAAGAGGGAUGUUUGUCAACUGUAUGUGUCAACACCCAUAACUCAAUGUUCACUUUUGGCAACAAGUUCCUUAAUCUACAGACAUUUCUUUCUAUUAUUA